AGGGACUGGAACCCUCCUUGUUUGUUUACAUCAGUUACGCGGGAAGACUAGACCAGGUGCAUAGAGAAGGUCCCCUGUAACUUAGAAUUGAUCAGUGGCCAUGCACGCUUUCCUCAAAACUGGCAAGCUUGGUGUAGGGUCAAGUUUAGCAGGACCCAGCAAGGAGAAGGGGCCCAAGAAGAAGGCACCUACACCAUGGGUUGAAAAAUAUCGGCCAAAAACUGUGGAAGAUGUUGCUUACCAGGAUGAGGUGGUGGCUGUUCUGAAGAGCACCAUAAAGGGUGCUGAUUUACCAAACUUGUUGUUUUAUGGACCACCGGGCACAGGUAAAACUUCAACUAUAUUGGCUGCCGCAAGACAGCUGUUUGGGGACCUUUUUCAUCAGAGAGUUUUGGAACUAAAUGCAUCUGAUGAGCGAGGAAUUCAAGUUGUGAGGGAGAAGGUAAAAAAUUUUGCUCAGACAACAGUGUCCAGCACCCGGCCAGAUGGUAAGCCAUGUAUUCCAUACAAAAUCAUUAUUUUGGAUGAGGCUGAUUCAAUGACCAAUGCUGCCCAAGCUGCCCUCAGACGUACUAUGGAAAAACAGUCCAGAACGACCCGUUUCUGUUUGAUUUGCAACUAUGUCUCUCGCAUUAUUGAGCCUCUCACGUCAAGAUGCUCCAAGUUUCGCUUUAAACCCCUUGCUCAAGAUAUCAUGGUGAAGCGAUUGUCUUACAUCUGUGAGGAAGAAAAUGUGAAGUAUGAAGAUGGUGUAUUACAGGACCUCAUUGAAACAAGUGAGGGAGAUCUGCGAAGAGCUAUUACUACACUGCAGUCAGCGGCUCGACUUAGAGAUGGUGAAGAAAUCAGCCAACACGAUGUAUAUGAGAUUACUGGUGUUGUUCCAGUGAAGUGGCUAGAUGAACUGUUUGAAGUCUGCAUGAGCAAUUCCUACGAAAAACUGAGUGAGUUUUUAACUACCAUGAUGGCAGAAGGUUACUCAGCAAGCCAGAUAAUGAAUCAGAUACAUGAUCACAUUAUUGUAAAUGACCUGCUAAGUGACCUUCAGAAAGCUGCCAUCUGUGAGAGACUAGCUGUAUGUGACCACCGACUCAUGGAUGGUGGUGAUGAGUAUGUGCAGGUGCUGGACCUCUCCUGCAUUGUCAUGAAGCAGCUGUGUCACUCUACUUGAAACAACUUGUUUUGAGGACUUUUUUUGUGGAGCUGUUGUUCACAGUGUAGAUAAUAUUCCUUGAUGCAUCUUUUUGUUGUUUUUUUCUCUUAUUGGAGCCUCAACAUUUGCAAGGUAUAAUAGGUUCCUGGAGCGCUCGCGAAUGUUAAAUUUGCGAAUAACAUUCUUUAAUUCCCUACUUUUAAUAUCAUACCUUAAAUUUAGGACUGAAGUCUAAAAAAAAUCUUAAAUAGAGCAAAAAACUUUACUAAGCCCUCUAAAUAUUACACAGGUACAUACAGUUACUUUAUACAGUCCAAACCCCAAGCACAGGUCUAAUACCAUGAUUAAUUAUUGAAGCAGUAAUAAUUAUUGUUAAUAGUGUAAAUAGUAAGUUUUGUGUAUACCGGCCCUGGUGUACAAUAUUAUAAUACUGAAGACAUUACUCACUUACUCUGCAUUGUGGUACAUAAUAGUUAUUUAAAUUACAUUGUUAAGAAAGUACCAGUGCUAAUUAGUAGGAAGCCUUUAAAAUAAAGAUGAAAUUCC